UCACUUUUUGCUACGCUGUGAAGCCGAAGCCAGAGUUCUCUGAGGAUCUCGCGUCUACGUUUUAUUUUAUGGUCACCUCACGAACCGAUGACGUGGUGACUUUUACCAUAAAUAAAGUCGGCUAACAAAUAAUGGUGUAUAAUUUAAAGUUCUAACUGUUCUACAUAAAAACUACGAUGGGAAUGGAAAGAAAUGUUUCGGGGGCAAACUCAGAGUACCUCUAUCCCCCCGAGCUUCUGCAGAGAUUGGACUUCAGUAAAAGCCCUGCCACAUUCAAGCCAAAAAUAAGUGCAGUAGAGCCGGGUGAGGACUGGAUGGUUGUAAGACCCCUGCAGCGGGCUGAUUUUGACAAAGGGUUCCUGCAGUUGCUGAGCCAACUUACAAGCGUUGGGAAUGUCACACAAAAACAGUUUGAUGAGCGCUUCACGCAAAUGAAGCAGUCGGGCGGUUACUACGUGACCGUCAUAGAGGACACGCGCAUCAAGAAGUUGAUCGGCGCCGCCACGCUCACCGUGGAACAGAAGUUCAUUCACAACUGCUCUUUGCGUGGGCGACUAGAAGAUGUGGUAGUCAACGAUACGUACAGAGGAAAGCAGUUGGGAAAAUUAAUCGUAGUGACAGUAUCUCUCCUAGCGCAAGAGGUAGGCUGCUACAAGAUGUCCCUGGACUGCAAGGACAAGCUCAUCAAGUUCUACGAGACCCUCGGCUACAAGAUGGAGCCCGGAAACUCUAACGCUAUGAACAUGAGGUUCGAGGAUCCUUCCUGACAAUUAGCCGCCGGGACGUCUGACCUGCGCUCUAAACUGUAAGUCCCGCGCGCCGAGCAGUCUUCGCAACCCCACAUCAUUACCCCACACCACUAGUCACUACGCCAUAGCACUCCGCGUUCUCUACAUAUGCAUAAUACGCACGCGACUUAAUAACUUACCAGUUUUCCUAUUAGUGUUGAAUAAAGAGUAAACUAGUCUCUUGGUCGUAAAACAUCCUUUUCUGUAUAAAUUGACAGAAAAAGGAUGAAUUACGAUGUCAACCAGCUAGGUUUGCUAAAGGUUGUUCAAGUGUUUAUUUGGGUAUAAUUGUUUCUCACUAAUUCAUAACGUCGUCCACAUUUUUAUUUUUUACAAGAAUACUGUUUUUGUCAUUUACAAUUUUUUUUUACUUGUGUGAGAUUUCAUUUAUUAGAUAACUUAUUAAAGAUGCACCCUUUUCACUCCGUCAUAUUAAUCCGCCUGUGUAUCAAAAAUGUCCAGACUUUUUAAAUAGAUCUGUCAAAGGAGCCUGUUAUCAUGGCGUUUUAUCUAGCGAUAAUUCCACGAUUUCUACAUCGUAUUCACUAUACUAUCCGCAAACCAAACUGACGAACGCGGUCAUAUUACUGUCAUUCAAUCUUGCUAUGACCAUGCAAGUGUGAAUGAGAAGUUUUACGACUCCGGUCAUCAGUUUCGUUUGCAUAUAGAGUAUAGUGAUAAAAUCACAGAAGAAUCGCUGAACAAAAACACCAGACUGAAAAAGUUUUAAGUGUUAUAAUUUAAGGCUGCAUUCCACCCAUUUUUCUGCUUGAGCUGUUGUGAUUUCUGCUUGGUUGCCGUGUUUACAGUGCAGGGUCAGUUGUUCUAUCCAUCAAAAGCGUAUUUCCACUUAUAUUGCUGCUAGUUUUUUUAGCCCUACUUAGUAGAAAAUAAGGUGUAAAACUGCCACCAAACGAAAGGUAUUUUUUGGUUGGUUCUGUGAAAAUUCGCGUUUGAUGGGGUGUGCGAUUGAUUUUGGAUGUCCUAGCAUAUAAUUUUGUUUUAUUAGUUUAAGCUUCAUAGAUCCGCUAGCGAGUUGCUUCCCAUUUCACCGUAGUUUCAUUGUCAUUGUUAUUAUUUAGAAAUUGUGACUUAAUAAAUUGCUGGUUACUUUUGGAAACUAACUUUUGCAAAAUCUACGCUUUGUCCGUAGUGAGUUCACCAUUCGAUUUAAAAAGUCUAAUGUAUAUUUUAGUACUUAUUAAUACUAACUCUUUUCUUAACUAGAUAGGUGAAGUAACCAGCAAGCAAUACUCGCACGGUUAUAUUGCGUUCAUUCCAUAGAUUCGUUUAUAUAUUAUAUUGAAAUUGUCAUGUUAUGUAGAAAUAUAAUAUGUGCAAAAUCAUUCUUAAUUAAUUAUAACAUAGUUUAGUAUAGUUCCUAACCUUUCAUUAUUAUUUUUGCUAAUAAAAACAUCAUGCUUUACUUA